ACUCGUGACAUCACGCUGCUGCCAGGUCACGUCCACGUCAGAGCACAGGGCAACCGGCUGCGCCCUGGUGCAGGCCUCGUUGAAAUACAACGUGUAUACAGCCGGUCCAAACGACGCACUGACGAUCAACGUGACCGCCAAGCCCAAAAUGAACCAGCGGGAAUGUCUGAAGCAUACCAUAGACAUCUGCGUCAGCUACCUGAAGGAGGAUAGCGAAACCAAUAUGGCGGUGGUCGAGUUGGACAUGGUCAGCGGGAUCAUUCCCAACAAGGGAAGUCUGAAUGACCUCAAGCAGAACGUCGAGUUGGGUCUGAAGCGCUGGGAGGUCAACAACAGCAACAAGGUGGUCUUCUACUUCGACUCGCUGGGAGGAAAGGAGCGCUGUUUCGGCAUCAUCGUACGGCGGGGGCAGGAGGUGGAAGAUGCCAAACGGGCGGUGGCCAGCGUAUCUGAUUAUUACCAGACAGAGUUCGCCCGGAGCACGUCGUACGCCCUGGACGUCAAAUGCGACACAGUGCUGCUGAAGCGAAUAGCCGAUUCCAUUGUCUGUGUCCGAGAACGACCAGCAAGGAGGUAACGCCGGCUGGGCCGCAUUGCCCUGCCAUGCUCAGUAGGACGCGCGGUCUGCCAACGACACGGGCUGAGGACGCUUGUGAUUAUUGAGAAGAACAGACAACAGUCUUCCGGAAUUUUUCAGAUGGGUUAAUUCACUGAUAUAACAUUAAUGGCAUCCAAGGUUUGUAGUGAUACGUAGCUGCGUCUCGCACGUCGUUGUCAGCGUGAUCACGGUUUGGUGCUAAGAACGGUUGUGGACGCUGUUGGUUACCGCCCGAGCACCACGCGUCUUUUAAUUGACACGAGCCUUGGCUUAUUACAACGCCGGCCAGUCGCCACGAUGUUUUGUUUGUAAAUGUAUUGUCUGGUUUGUUCUUUGAUAAUCAUAUUGUAAAGAAUAGAGAUGAGGACGAGCCGAGUAAAGUUACUGCAGUCACGCUGCUGGAUAUAGCAUUAUCAGCUGUUGAGCCGCUACGCUUUGCUUGCGCUUUAAGCUGUCACUUCACUCGGCAUCUCUGCUGUGUGCGGAACCACGCUUUUCAGUGAACUUUGUGCACAACCCGGUCGAUCGAUAUAUAGCCGGAGACGUUUACACACUGUAAAAUCGACAAUAAAUGCAACAUUGU